CUAGGAUUUCACCGGCUGCUUGGUUUUUGCGCAUCGCCACGCGCGUAGCGUCCCGCUAGAGGCGCGCCAUAUAUUUCAUCUGGACUCUGAACGCUGCUGCUGCGACGCAAAACCAGCAGGGCUGCGACACGGUGCGGCAUUUGCGCCCCUGGUCACAAGCCGGCGACGCCCGCUCAAACGCCGCGCGCGCGCGACCGCUGCCCCCAGAAGGCCGCGGCGCGCCGCCGCCCGCGCGCAUCGGUCAGAAAUUAACGCGCCGCCGCCCGCGCGCAUCGGUCAGAAAUUAGCGCCGCGAAGCGCAUUCGUCGAAAAACGAGACGAUGGCCGCCGCCGACGACAAGAAGAAGAAGCCAAAGACCGAGAGUUUGGACGACGCCGUCAAGCAGCUCGGCCUCUCGAAGCGCGCCAUCCACGAGGUCGUGCGCGUCGCGACGGCGCGCGCGGCGGAGCUGAGCGGCCAGCGCGUCGGCAUGGACUUGCUCCACGCGCUCACCAGACGAAUAAAGAGCGAGGAGGGCCAGCCGUCGUCGGAGCAAGUGAAGGAGCAGUGCUUGUACGCCAUGCACGAGUGCCUCAUGCAGAUUGAUGCGAUCGGCAAGGCCUCGGGUAAGCUCUGCUCGCAGAUCGAAACGUUGGCCGAAAAGUGCACGGAACACGUCCCUCGCACGUUAAUCAAAGCGCGCGGCAGCCGCGCGCCCAUCGCCGAGCACCUCGUGAAGACGGCCGAGAACAGCCUGAAGAUUUUACAGGCGUGGCGGCGGAAGUUCGCGUGCUUUAAAAGAUCUGAUAGACUGAAGGCCACGGGCCGAGCCUUACAAACCCUCAUAAAGCCGCGGGACAAGGAGCCGCUCCUGGACCCGGUUAAAAGGGAAGAGGAGCGCCCCGCGAAGCGUUUGAGGCUGGCCGAGCCGGCGGCCCCGGUCAUCGCGCUGCCGCCCGACCUCAUGGGAGAUCAAGCCAAGGGCGCGGCGCCGCCCUUACCUCUACCUCCGUUGCCGGACGCGGGCUGGGGCCGGGGCCUGGGCUCUCAAGGCGCGCCGCGGUCGCCGCCGCGGUCCGACGAGGCGCCGCCGUCGAAGGACGCCGUCCCCGCGGGCCGCGCGGCCUUGUUUGAUGCUUGUAGAUUAGUAAGGGACGUCUGCUCGUCGCUGCAGUGGCCCCUGAAGUCGCAGGGCGCCGCGCUCUUCUUCCUCCACCACUUACUGCAGCACGCCUCGAGCGAACCGGAGUCGUCGAAGCCGCCGUGCUGGACGCGCUUUGUGAAUAGGCCGGGCAUGGUCGCUGAAAGUGUCGCACAAGCUUUACCCUCGGACGAGCUCGCUGCAUUAGCUUUGGCCUGCGUCCAUUUAGGAGGCAAGGCCUGCGACACGCCGGCGCGCCUGACGCACGUCCUGGAGUUCGCGCGGUCGCGGCCCCAGAACUCCAUGUCUGUCAGGAGGUGGCCCCAAGCGGCGCCCUGGCGCGACGCUGUCCUAAGUGCGGAGCAGCGCGUUUUGAGGUUAGUGUCGUACGACGUGCGGCUCGAGCACGCGGCCGACGUGCUCAGUACUUUUUUCGAGAAGGUGCUGCCCGACGACCAGUUCCGGAGCUUCGCGGGCCACGGCAACGCCGCGGCGCCGCCGCGGUUAGGCGAUGAACGUUUAGUGAUGUCGCAGUCGUUGAUGGAGCGCACUCGAUUGUUCAUGGAAGCCGCCCACAGUUUCCUCUUUUCUGGUGUAAGUGCGUCGCAGGACCCCAUCGCGUUGUGUGUCGCGACGUCGUUAAUUGUGAACCGCAUGCUGAAGGACCCCGGCCUCAAGCUCAUCGAGGGGUUCCUCGACGCGGCCGCCGCGAAGGUCGGCAAGGCUUUGAAGGAGGACCCCAAGGCGUCGAAAGCGCGCAUUUUAGGAUGCAAGGCCGAGGUCGAGAAGACGGACCGGGAAUUUCUGCGCCACUUCUCGGAAGCCGAGACGAAGAAACGCGAAAGUGCGGACGACGCGAACCCCUGGGAGAAGAGAGCUGCGUCCUGUGGAGCAGCGAGACGCGCCGCCGAGGCGACGCACCAUCGCUUAGGUGCUUUAGAUCUGAAAAGAUACGUGAAAAAAUGUUUAGAUCAGGCUGGAAGAAUAGCGGAGGCCAAGGCCGCCGUCGCGGCGGCGCGCGCGCGGUCCGCGCCGGAAGCAGAAAUAGCCAAGGAGGAGGUGCGCCUCAAGCAGCAGCGGGACCACGCGUUGGACGACUGCGUCUGCCACGUGUUUAUCAGUGACGAUGCGGAGCUGUAUCGAGCGUGUCCGGAUAAUGGAAGGACGCCGGUCGCGGAUUUGAGGCUAGCCUUCCCCUUCGGGCCGAAACACUUUGGCACAAAAAGUGAAAGAUUAGAUGAUUAUCAUAAGGCGCCGGCGGCCUUUCGACUCGGUGCUUGUCUCGUGCACUGCUGCGCCGAGCCUGAUGAUGACGAGAACCCGAAAUCGUUCCGGCCCGCGCUGUACUGCGCCUGGCCGCGGUCCAUCGUCGACGCGCUAAAGCUCGGGACUCGAGCUAGAUCGGAUGUGCAAAAAGCGACGGCGCGCCUCGCCAAGGCGCUGCGGGACGCGCAUAAGCGGCGACCGCCCUACGACGUCUACGUCCACGCGCCGCCGCCGCCGCCGACCGACCCGGGGCCCGCGCCGCCGGAGAAGGCCCCGGCCUGGGGCCCGCCGCGCGGCGACAGCGCGUUACUGGCAAAGCCGCCCCCGAAAAAGAGUCUUCCGGGGCCGCGGCCGGCGCAGCCGCCCAAGCCGUCGAACGGUCAACAGCGGCCGCUGCUCGAGCGCCUCACGAGCGACGCGGGCCGCAUGCAGCGCCUGCCGAGCGACCCCGUCCCCGGCGCGGACCCGCGGCGCGUCGCCGGCGUCAUCAAGACGCUCGAGCGGCGCGAGCACAGCGAUCGCACGCGCGACGGGGGCCUGGCCUACGGCGAGAAGCGGUAUACGCGCGGCUACAUCGCGCCCGACGGCGGCGGGCCGGACAUUUACUACAUGACGCGGGGUGCCGCGGGCAACGAGCUGGCCGUGGGCGUGCGCGUGACCUACGAGCCGACGCGCAACGACACGGGCCCGAUCGCGCACUUCGUGAGACCCGAGGGCGGCGGCCGGGGGGCGCCGCCGCCGCAGCGUUCCGGGGGCUACGGCGAUCGGCAGCCGUCGGGGGGCUACGGUGCACCCCCGCCGCGGGGGUACGGCUACGGCGCGGGGCCGCGCGGGCCACACCCGGGCCGCGGUCCGCCCUUUGGGCACCAGGGACCGCCCCCGGGCGCGCGCGGCGCCUAUCCGCCGCAGAACGGCGGCUGGCAGGGGGGACCGCCGCGCGGCGCGUUCCCGCGCGGCCCGCCGCCGCCGCGCGGCCGCGCGGGCUUCGGCGGCGGCUUCGUCGGCCAGUGCUUCAACUGCGGCGGCCAGCACCACGUUCGAGAUUGUCAGGGGCCGCGGCGGCCGGGCUACCACCCGUCGGUGCUGCCCGAGCACCGCACGAACGAGCGGCGGAACCGCGAGGAGGAGGAGAUGCGCGCACGCGGCGGCAACGGCUACCCCGGCCCGCCCGACGGCGGCGGCAACCACACGGGCCGGCGGCAACUGCCCGACCGGCGGGAUGGCGGGCCGCGCCGCGAGCGGUCGCGGUCGCGCGAGCGCGAGCGUUCGCGCCGCCGCUCCUAGAUACCAGUACGCGGCUUUGUAUAUUAAACGGCGGCUUUAGGACGCGCGGCUUUGUAGAUUAAACGGCGGCGAUCUAGAGCGCGGUUUCUAGAUUAAACGGCGGUGAUCUAGAGCGCGGUUUCUAGAUUAAACGGCGGGUACUCUAGGACGCGCGCGGCUCUUCUUUAUACUAACCGGCGGGCUCUCUAGGACGCGGCUUGUUAGUUUAAUCGGCGACCUACGAUCGCCCCCGGUGGCGGCUCUUGUUCGGGCGUGUGAGGGGGCACCGGACGCCGCCCGAGUGGUGCGGCGUCCGAUGCCCCUCCCUAGACCCCUGUCUUUAGAUAAAAACGGCGGUUCUCUUUAUUUGGCGGCCUACCGGACGGGACGAGUGACAGCAGUCGUCGGUGGGGGCUUCACCCGGCUGUUCUUCAGAGGAGUGGCGGGAUUGCCGAGACGUAUGGGAGUGCAACUCCCACUUAACUUGGGUGUUUUUUGUACCCGAGCUUGCUGCAGUGUAGUUCCGGACGGUCGGCGGCGGCCCCACGGGCCCUGUACAAACGUGUCGCAACCUGUCCAGCAUCUGGGCCAGGGCGCUUCUUAGACGCAGAUAACCAUGAGUUUGGUGUGAGCGGCGCGUCGGAGAGAGAGCGGCGUCCGAAAACCUAAAAUCAAAACAAAACGGGUUUCACCGAGGCUUAACAAUUGUUAAAAUCAGCCACAGAGCCCAAUCCGAGGGCUGCGCAGCUGCACACGAAGGCCCGAGGCUACGACAAACGCGACACGCAAUCGCUGCUGCGAGGCGGGCCGCGCAGCUUCACCAAGUGGCACUCAGACUCAGAGAGCAGCAUCGCAUCAACUUCACCGGUCGAGCCGACGGGCGUGGUCCGCCAGCUCGGACAGUCUAGAUCGCAAGCACGCAACAGCAGCA